GACCCCACCCGCUUCCGCACAUGGGCCUCCAACAAGAAGGAGGACGACAAGUGCCUGGAGCAUGCCACAGCCGUGAGUUUCAAUAGCUACCCAGCUUGGUAUUCCGAGAAGCAGGACCUGUCGGCACCAAGGCGUGAGUGGACGGCCAGCGCUGCCUGGGCACAGCGAAACUUCCCGGACAAACCGUUCUUCAUCAGCGAGACUGGUGCUGGAGGUCUCUACGAAUGGGCCACCAAUGCAACAGAUGCAUACUGGACGCUCAAGUACCAGCAAGAGGUCAUCGAUGCGGAUGUGGACGUUGCUCUUGCGGACAGCAACGUGUCAGGAUUGACCCUGUGGCAUUUCUUUGACUUCAAAGGGAAUGACGAGGCUCAGAUCUGUGGCCCCUGCCAGUAUCUUCCUGGCGUGCAGCCGCCCACGUGUGGAUGGUACAACAUGUCAGGUCAUUGCGAGAAUCGCCCUGGCGGGCUGAAUCACAAGGGAGUGCUGGACCCCUACAGACGCAAGAAGCCGUCUUUCAGCGCCGUGGCGCAGAAGUACGGCCAACAGAGCACUGGCCACCUGUACAUAAUAUGA